AUAGAUAGGAUUAUAUAAUUUUUCUUUGUUGUAAUAUUAUAAAAAUAUUCUUUAAUUCAUAAAAGGCUGCUUCUGGAGACGAGGCCAAUAGCUAGCUAGUGCUAACAGUCUGAGGGAAAUUAUCAGCCAAGCUAGCAGUGCUAACGUUUAGAACAUAUUUGUUCUGGAGAAUUGUCGCAGAAAUACUCACAUCUGUUGCCUAAUCCAGCGUUAAUCACGUACUUAAGAACACCAGCAAUGUCUCUGAAGGACUGUAUUGCCAAUGCGGACACCAACAAACCUGGUUCUUCUUUUAAAGGGAGGAAACGCCGAUCAUCCACAGAAAUCUCACAGGGUGGGGAGGUGAUGGCCAUGUUGGACAGUUUUAGAGUUGACAUAAACAAAGCAUUUGUGGCCAAGAGGAAAUGUUUAGAGUCUUUCACCAGCUCUUCUCUCAAAACCAGCCAGCAGAAGGUUGAAGAGAUGUGGAGGUCUCAGCAGAAAGAGCGGGCUCAAAUGUCAGAAGAUUACUGCACCCAGUUCAGCUCUGUGUUCCAGCAGUGGGAGUCAGACAUACAGAAGGCCAAAGAUCAAGACAAGAAGCUCAUGGCUUUAUUUCAGCACCAGCAGAUGAUGUUCAAGCAGAUGAGAGCUUCCCAAGGCCAGAGGCUGAAGACGCUUAAGCAGCUCCUCGACCACUACAUCAAAAGCAUGCAGGAGCUGCACAACACUCACGAGGAGCAGAGCACUACAGCAGUGAGUGAGUUACGCCAGGAGAUGGGGCUGCUCCACAAGAAAAUCCUCAUGAACACACAGCAUGAGGAGAUGCAGUCAGUGCGCAAAACUCUGCAGUCUAUGCUGAUGUAGGUACUGUGUAAUACUGUACAAAUCUUUACAUCAAACAAAAGUCUUCUUAAAGCUCUGAAUAUAUGUUUACAACACAUUCAAACUGCAGGAGAUUAAUGUUUAAUAUUGUUUGCAUGCUAGAUUACUUGAUUCCCAUAUUAUUAAUAACACCCUUAAUGAAUUAGACUUCAUAAGCUUUUUUAAUUCUGUUUUGUUCAUUUAUUUCAUAUUCCAUAUCUACUGUAUUGAUUUUCCCCAGAGAAUUAUAUUAGUUAC